AACUAUAUCAAACUGUUUAAAGUGUCAUUGCAAAUCAAAUGUGUAUUUAUAAGUCACCUAAAUUUGUGAAAAGAUGGUUUAUGAAAAGCGAUUUAAUUUAGAAGCUUAAAAAACUUUGAUUUUUGUGUAAUUUGGACGUAUAUUAGAUGCACUGAUAAAACAAUGACGUAGAACAAGAUUGUCAUAUAAGCAUAAAAUGGAGAAGAAAUUUAUGGAAGUUGAGAUUCGUAAGAGAAGAAAAAUUACAUUCUGGAAGCUGUGUACAAUUUUCCUGAUUAUUUCAACUAUUCUGUGUUUCAUUCUAUGUAUCUACUAUUCCCUUAAAAAAGAUAAAGAUUCACCAUGUUCCACCAAUCCUUGCUAUUACAACAUCACAUGCGCUGUAGUGGACGAUGCUCUCUUCUGUAUGUGCCCUGCUGGAUACAUGGGAACUUAUUGUGAAGUCACCCCAUGUUCCAACGGACCAUGUUUGAAUAAUGGUACCUGCACAGUUGCAGGGGAAUCUCACCUCUGUGUUUGCUCUGAUGAAUAUGGCGGAACGCGAUGUGAAGACAGAAAAAUAAAGGACUGCAAUGACCUGCCACAAAAUAGUAGUAGUAGUGGUGUGUAUACACUUUACCUUGAGAAUGAUAUGAAAAUAUCAGUAUUUUGUGAAAUGUCUGAAGACAAUGGAGGAUGGACAGUCGUACAAAGAAGAUUAAAUGGAAAAACGGAUUUCUUAAGGUUUUGGGACGACUACAAAAAUGGUUUUGGUGACCUUACCGGUGAACAUUGGCUAGGCAAUGACAAUCUUCAUUGCAUCCUGCAACAAAAUGCCUACAAAGUUCGAUUCGAUCUCGAAGCCUUAAAUGGAAAUACAGCGUAUGCAAUAUAUGAUAAUUUCAAUAUCAGCAACGAGGAAAAAAACUAUAAAUUGAGUAUAUCUGGUUACCAUGGAACAGCUGGUGAUUCUAUGAAAGAUUCCCAAGGUAACACCCACGAUAAUUUCAUGUUUACCACUAUCGACAGAGAUAACGAUAUUGCCGGUAGUAAUUGUGCUAUAACUAAAAUGAGCGCUUGGUGGCAUGCUAAAUGCACUUGGUCAAAUAUCAACGGACUGUAUCUUGAUGGUUAUAGUGAAAUCAAUAUGCACUGGAAUAGCUGGAAAGGAAAAUUAGGGCUAAAAACGACCAGAAUGAUGAUUAAGCCGAACUGAUAUAAUUGAAAUUCAUGAAGGGUGUGGGAGCACUUUGAAAGAAAAAUAUCAGUGAUAAAAAUAUACCUUUAAUUUUGUUCUUUUUUACAAAUCAUUUUUCUUCAGAUUUAAGAGGUAAUUUUUACGAUGUUUACUUUAAUAUUAAUCUUCGUGAUAUAAAUAUAAAUAAAAGCGUGGAGUGAAAAUAUGUUUACGAAAAUCAAAGAAGACAAUAAUUGGAAGAAAAAAAUGUUACAUGCAAGAGUCAACAAUGCCAGACAAAAGAUGGCGCGUUAUACUAUAGGAUCAAAUAUUUCUUGAAGAUUUUUUUCUGAAAUAAAAAUAUAAUAUUUGUCUAUAUUUUUA